AUGGGAAAGGAAGCAUCAGACCCGCCGCCCUACACCGAAGUACCAAAUGGACUUCCUCCCCAGAACGACCAACCUCCUCCAUCAUACGAGGACGAGGAGCCUAGAAACGUGGCCACCACAGCCACCCCCUACCGACCGUUCCCAACGGUCAUGAACGGGUUCUACCGCAUGACGGGGAUCAAGACCUUCAACUUGUGCGGCGCAACUCGUGACGAGCCAUUGUUUGUCGUCGAGGUGCACACUGGCUUCAGUAGGAAGGCGCCUCUCGGGGCACGACCAGGCAUUCUGUUGCGGAACGGCACAGACUCCAAGGACCCGAUCAUCGCCGCUGCUGGGGACGAGUCCCAGUGGGAUCAGCGAGUCUACGCUUUCAACUCAACUACCGUCGUCCUGCUUCCUCCGCUGGAACGACGUAACAGUCUCCACGACAUGAUGACCGAGAUGAUGAAACUCAGGACGACCGGGGACGAGAUCGCCGCGUUCGGCUUCUCGAUCGAAGUCGGCGAGAAACUUGGCCGUAAGAAGUUCGAGUGGAGGAAGGUUAAGAAGGAUGACGAGGCAAAGUCCGGUGGGUUCAGGCUAACUAAGUCCCUGGACAAGUUAGAACUGUGUUGGGGCAUCCUCAAACUUGAUUUGACGUAUAUAAUUGAAAUCAUCCGGACAUAA